CCCGAAAAUACCUGGUGGCCUGGCUCUCUCGCACGCCCUAGCUCUAGCUGAUCUCGGCCGGCUGAAGGCUCUUCCUCGCACACGACCAGACCAGACCAGCACCAACUCCCUUUCUGCCUUUUGCUUUCACUGCUCACCUCCAUUUCCCGUCCGUCCUUCCCCCGUUCGCCCCCUGCACUGCGCACCUUUGCAGAAAAGAACACAAAGGCCGCACCCCGAACCCAGCACCCACACCUCCACCCAAAAAACGCACAAAAGCGAGAGCGCGCAAAGCAAGCAGCGAGAGAGGCAUCAGAUCAGGUCGGGGCGCGCGGCCAAAGCGCGCUAUAGCUGCCAAGCCCAGCCCCACUGCGCGCGCGCUCUCCUCCGGCCAGCAGCCGCUCGCAAAGUGCGGGAGCCCGCUAGCUUCUCGAUCCCCUCCCCUCUCCUCUCUUUGUCCUCUUUCUCUCUCCCGGGCGCACUCUCUCCAGGCCCAGGGCGUCGUCUACGUCCACGCGCGCGCGACCGACCUCCGAGGCGGGGCGAGCUUGCACACGUCACGCGCGGCCGGCCGCCAUGUCGUCGGCCGCUGGCGGAGGAUACGGGCAGCAGGGCGGCGGCGGCGAGCACCACCAGCACCAGCACCAGCACCAGCUGUUGCUCGGCCAGGCCGCGGCGGGGCAGCUCUACCACGUGCCGCAGCACAGCCGGCGCGAGAAGCUGCGGUUCCCGCCAGAUCACCCCGCCGCGGACUCUUCAUCCCCCACUGCGCCGGGCUCCUCCUCAUGGCCGCCGCCGCCGCCCUUCUACUCCUACGCGUCUUCUUCCUCCUCCUACUCGCCGCACAGCCCGUCCUCCCUGGCGCAGGCCCAGGCCCAGCUAGUCGCGGCCCACCACGGCGGGAUGCCGCCGGCGGGGGCCCAGAUCCCGAGCCAGAACUUUGCGCUCUCGCUCUCCUCCUCCUCCUCCAACCCUCCGCCCCGGAGGCAGCUCGGCGGCGGCGGGGCCACGGGGCCCUACGGCCCCUUCACGGGCUACGCCGCCGUGCUCGGCCGCUCCAGGUUCCUCGGCCCGGCCCAGAAGCUGCUCGAGGAGAUCUGCGACGUCGGCAGCGCCCGGCCCGCGCAUCAGGCGGACCGGGCCGCCGGCUCAGCCGACGACGGGUUGCUCGACAUGGACGCCAUGGACGACGUCGCACACGAGAUGGACAGCGGCGACCGCGAGGCCGUCACCGUCUCCGGCGCCGAGCAGCAGUGGAGGAAGACCAGGCUAAUCUCCCUCAUGGAAGAAGUUUGCAAGCGAUACAAGCAAUACUACCAGCAGCUCCAAGCCGUGAUCUCCUCAUUCGAGACGGUUGCCGGGCUGAGCAACGCUGCCCCCUUUGCCUCCAUUGCUCUCCGGACAAUGUCGAAGCAUUUCAAGUACCUGAAGGGCAUGAUACAAAGCCAGCUGCGCAACACGAGCAAGCAGGUCGCUGUCGCGGGGAAAGACGGCCUCGGAAAGGAAGACAUGGCGAACUUCGGGCUCAUGGGAGGCGGCGCCAGCGCCGGCGCGGCCCUCAUGAGAGGGAGCAACGUGAACGCUUUCGGCCAGCAGCCUCACAACAUUUGGCGGCCGCAGAGGGGGCUUCCCGAGCGUGCGGUGUCCGUCCUUCGAGCGUGGCUCUUCGAGCACUUCCUGCACCCGUACCCAACUGAUAGUGACAAGCAGAUGUUGGCUAAACAGACAGGCUUGACAAGGAACCAGGUUUCAAACUGGUUUAUCAAUGCAAGGGUUAGACUCUGGAAGCCAAUGGUUGAAGAAAUUCACAACCUCGAGAUGCGACAGGGGCAUAAGAAUUCAUCCGUCGACAAGAAUCAUCUUGGCAUGCAGCAAACCCAACAUUCUCCAGACAGCAGCGGGAGGCCUUCUGAUCCUUCAAACUCGCAGCAAGGGCAAAGCAGCAGCAUGACAAGGAACCAUAGCGCCCAUGGCUCUCGGCACAUCCAGAAUGAGCUCUCCCCGAUGACCCAUGAUAUGCCAGGACAGGUGAGCUUCGCAUACAACGGGCUGGCCACGCACCACAACAUUGCAUUGUCACACCCUCAACAGGUCCUAGGCGUUGGUGUCGGCGGUGCUGGAAACAGUGGCGGCGUCUCGCUCACCCUUGGCCUUCACCAGGACAACCGGACCUACAUCGCUGAACCCCUUCCGGCUGCGCUCCCGCUCAACCUCGCGCACCGCUUUGGACUUGAGGAUGUCAGCGACGCCUACGUGAUGGGUUCGUUCGGCAGUCAAGACCGGCAUUUCACCAAGGAGAUCGGCGGCCAUUUGCUCCAUGACUUUGUUGGGUGAAGAUGAAGACACGAAUCCUGGGGUCAUCAGAAUGCAUGCAGGUGAAGAUAUGAUCCAGAACAUGCAUGUAUUGUACUAGCAGUAGGUGGUGAAGAAAAGUUGGCAUUGGUAUAUAUGCCUCUCUUGUAGAUCCAGGAAUGCUGUCAAUAUUUGACACAAUGGGGCUAUAGAGAGCAUAGCUAGCUGUACCUUUAAAGGCCUGUUGUAGCAGUUCCCUAUUUGUUCUGAUCCUAGAUUAAGCUAUCCUUAACCUGUAUUAUUCCAUUGACUUGCAUAUGUAUGUGAGUGCUCCUACAGUGGCAAAUAAAGGGUGCUCCAUUUAUUAAUUUCACGCUGAAA